GCCGUCGUUUGUCGCAGCGCGCGAGCAGCGUGGAGGCCGGGGCGCUGCGGUGUCUGUACAGCUCGGGGGAGUUGGAGUUUUUGGCAAUUCCCUGUUUUGUGUUUUCUUUCAUUUGGAGUGUUGGAGGGUUUAGUAGUUGUUUAGAUCAAAAGUCCUUUUCGAGGUUUUGCGAAGACCUUUUUGAGGGUUUGGCAGCACUCCCCAAGGGCGCAGAAACAAUAGACUUGGCCCUCAACAUCGACUUGCAGUCUGCUGCUGCUGCUGCUGCUGCUGCUGCGCGCCGCAGCAGCGCCGCAGUCUUCAGCCCCGACGCAGCAGCAGCCGCCGAGGGCGCAGCAGCAGCAGACGGCCCAGCAGCAGCAGCAGCAGCAGCAGCAGCAGCAGCAGCAACAGCAGCAAAGACGGAAACGAGGAUUAGUUUGACUUCUCCUGAAGCCAUGGAGAAGGCGAGGAGACACAGAGCCUACUUCGUCCCCUGGGAGAAGACGAUCCCAGACGAUCCCAUAAACCCCACAAACCCCACAAACCCCACAAACCCCACACUCGAUCCCAUCGAUCCCAUCGAUCCCAUCGAUCCCACGAUCCCACUUUCUCGCCUCCUGGUCCCCACAAAAGAAACCAAAAGAACCCUCGCCAUCCUCAAGAUCCUCACCAAAGCCAAAGUCCCCGUGCUCCUCACAGGCCCGAGCGGCUCGGGGAAGACAACUUUGAUACGAGAGCUGCUGCAGCAAAAAGAAAAAAGAGAUUCUCUUUUUGUGGUUUCCCAAACCCUUUCUUCUUUCUCCAAACCCUUGUCUCUCCAAACCCUCCUGGAAAGCAAACUCGAGGCCAAGCGCAAGGCUCUCCUAGGGCCUCCCGGGACUCAAGACUGCAUUGUUUGGAUUGACGACGCAAACCUCCCUCUUCCAGACCCUUUUGGUUCCCAGCCAACCUCCGAGCUUCUCAGGCAAAUUCAGGAGUUCAAUGUAAUGAAACCCUAA